AUGACAGGUUUGCAUUUAAUACAAACUUAUUCUUCCGAUUCGGAUGAAGAUGAGCACGAUGAGACGAAGAAAGAUGAUCAUAAAAUUGUAAACAAAUUAACUUUACCUGCAAGUAUUUUAUCAUGGAAAGGAGUUACAUCUAACGAAGAAGUGAUCGAUGAUCCACUGGAUCAUGAUGGACGAAUACGAAGCUUUAAACAUGAGCGUGGUAAUUGGACAACUCUGAUUUACAUAAACUAUGCACCCAGCGAUUGUCUUUAUACAUGGAUGAAGUCUGUGUUGAACAAACUGCCUGUUGAAGGCAACAUCAUUUCUAAUCUUCAUAUUAGUCUCAGCCGUACUUUAGUUUUAAAGUUUCAUUGGAUUGAAUCGUUUGUAGAAGGCAUAAAGUUGGCGUGUCAUAGCUUUAAGAAAUUUAUCAUACAACUCACAGAUGUAAGGGUGUAUUGCAAUGAGGAGAGAACUCGUACAUUUCUUGGAAUUUAUUGUCAAGAUGAGGAUAAAAUGUUGAAGUGCCUAACAGAAAUUUUUGAUAAUUUAUUAGCUGAAUAUCAAUUACCAUCAUUUUAUAAGGAUACUUCAUAUCACAUAAGUUUCUUCUGGUGCCUCGGAGACAAGCAAGCAUGUUUAAAAGAAAUUCUGUCACCUCUUACUAGCAGUCUAAACAAAUUUUUGGCAGAAAACAUGGAAGAUGCGUAUGUGCAUGUCAAUGAUAUACAAUGCAAAAUUGGAAAUAAAUGUUAUAUCUUUAAAUUGAAAUAACAAAAUUUAUAAAUUAGACUAUAAAAUCUAGGAAAUUAUACAGUAUCUGUUUAUUAUAAAAAAGCAAAACUAUUACUUGAUUGUUUCUCUGAAUUGA